CUCGGUGUCGUCCGGCUGUGGUCUGCUCGCUGAGCCGCUGUUAGCGCUCUUUACCGACAUCAAAACGCUUUUUAGACGACCAACAAACCUCUCCGCUGCGCCAGAAAUGACCUACGUGUCGAUGAACCGACGCUCCGGCCUCCUGUAAGGGUGCAGCGGGUCCGCUUCGUGCUCCGAGUCCGUGCUCGGCGCGGCUGCUAGCGAGCUAGCGGCUAACAGGCGGUGGAAGCAGGAAGGAGGGCCGGAGGAGCGAGCAGGCAGCCCGGGCUCAAAGGUCCAUCCAGGGCGGCAAACGCGCUCCGAACAGCCACUCGGGGGGAACCAGGAAAAGGAAGGGAAUCUCUGUCUGUCUGAACGCAGCCAUGUCCAAGGCUCCGGACUCCCCGGCCCGGUCCCGCUCCAGGUCCAGGUCUCGUUCCCGGUCCAGGUCCUACUCCAGGUCUCGGUCCAGAAGCCACUCCCGCUCCCGGUCCAGGAAGCGUCGCUACAGUUCUAGGUCUCGUUCCCGCUCUCGUUCACACUCUCCGUCCUACAGAAACUAUCCGUCUCGGGACUACCAGAACAACCGGGGAGGCUUCAGGGGCUACAACCGGGGCUACCGCCGGCCGUACCACUACCGGGGCCGGGCCCGGGGCUACUACCAGCGCGGCCACUACCAGAACCGGGGCGGGGGCUACGGCUACAAGGGGAACUGGCAGGGCGGAGGAGGGGGAGGCGGCGGCGGCGGGGGCGGAGGGGGAGGCUGGCACGACCGCCAGGACCGCCAGGACCACCACGCCCACAGCCCCAGGAGGGGGCGCUCCCGCUCCCGCACGCCCAAGAAGCGCUCGGGCAGCCGGAGCCGCUCCCGCUACUCGGACCGCUCGUCCUCGGGGCCGUCCCGGCGCUCCCGCCGCUCCAGCUACUCCUCGCGCUCCCGCUCCUCCUCCCCCCGCCACCGCGGCAGCAAGAGCCGCCACGCCUCCAAGGACGCCAAGGAGAAGCCGGCGGAGGGCCAGGCUGAGAAGUCGGGCCAGGCCGCCGACGGCAGCGCCAUCGAGAAGGCGUCCGGCGGGAAGUGGAUCGACUUCGACGCCAGCCCCAAGCGCGGCACCCCGGACUCCAAGAAGGACGGCACGCCGUCCAGCUCCGACAGGAAGGGCGGGUGGAAGACCGUCGGCACGGCGACGCCCCCGCCUUCCAAGAGUCCCUCGAAGUCGCAGACGGCGGCGUUUGGCGGCUUCGGCUUCUUCCCCAAGGACGAGGACAAGUCUGCAGAUAAGACGGUGAUCUCUGCAGCCUUCAAAAAGUUCUUGGCCGAGAACAAGCAGAAGAAGCAGUCGGCCGAUAAGGAGAACGGCCGAGACAAGGACCAGUCCGCGGACAGGGAUUCGGAGAAGGGGGGAAAGUCUUCGGAGCACCUCAGCGUCUCCUCCGCCUCCUUCGGCGACUUCAAGGACGACAAGACCAUGCCUUUCUUCGACGCCGGCGAGGAGGAGUUCCUCAAGUCUCACGGGCUGAAGGAGAGGGAUCUGGACGACGACGACGGCGAGGACAAACCCGCCCUCACGUCUCGGGACAUUUUCGGGAAGUGGGACGACGAGCCGUCGUAUUCCACCUCGUACCCGUCCGCCAAGGAGAAGAGCCGCCGGGACGCCGAGGAGGCGGAGCCGGCCGACCACCUGGAGGAGGAGGUGUACCGCGGCCGCAAGCACACCUCCAAGAAGGAGGAGAAGGCCAAGAAGAAGGAGAAGAAGGAGCGCGAGAAGGCCCGCCGGAGCCCCUCCCCCCCCUCCACCUCCAGGGAGAAAGAGCGCCCCCUGUUCCCCGGGGCCUUCCCGCAGCGGGAGCGCUCGCCCGCCCAGCGCCUGUCGGCCUCCAGGGAGGACUUCGAGCUGAAAGUCGGCUCUGUAGACGAGAGGCCCAGCUCCUCGCUGUCCAAAGAGCGCCUCAUGAACCCGGACCUGCUGAACCCCUCUAAGAAACACCCCGAGUUCCGCUCCAUCUUCCAGCACAUCCAGUCGGCGCAGCUGUGCCGCAGCCCGUCUGAGCUCUUCGCUCAGCACAUCGUCUCCAUCGUGCACUACAUCAAAGCUCAACACUUCCCCUCCUCUGACAUGACUUUAAGUGAGCGGUUUGCCAUGUACCAAAGAAAAGCUGCAGAGGCAGAAAUGAUGAAGCCAAGGAAGAGUCCAGAAAUCCACAGGAGAAUUGAUGUCUCCCCCAGUGCCUUUAAGAGGCACUCUCACCUGUUUGAGGAUUUGGACGAGACGAGCUACAAGGACCCAAGUAAAAAGUUCAAAGGCGACGUGAUGGACCUGCGCCUGGAUAUUGAGAGACGAAAGAGGUUCGCCGGGCGCGAGCGAGACUACAAGCGCGAGGGCGGCCGGAGCCCGAGCAGGGAGCGCUCCUCUGAGAAAUCUGGGAAGCACCACAAGAAGUCCAAGAAGGGAAAGAAGAAGCGCGACCGCUCUCCGUCCUCGUCCUCCUCCUCCUCCUCCCCGUCCCCCUACCCUCCCCCCUACAGGGGCAAGGAGUACCCGGGGGAGGGGCCGGAGCCCCCGGAGGAGGCCUUCGGCCACGCCCGCUACCCGCCGCGGGAAUACGGCGGCCCCCGGGAAUACGAGGGCCACAACCCGGAGCGCGGCCGAGGCCGCGGAUUUUUCCCCCGGGUCAGAGGUCGAGGCUGGAACCGGGGAAACUAUCCGGGCAACAACAGCAAUGGGAACCCGGCCAAUAUGAACCCCCCGGUGCGCCCCCCCGAGGAGGAGUGGGACCCCGAGUACACCCCCAAGAGCAGGAAGUACUACCUGCACGACGACCGUGACGGGGAGAAGACGUGGAUGGACAACCGCGGGCGCGGCCGCGGCCUCUUCCCGGCCCGCCGCGGCCGCUUCGUGUACCGGAAGGGCGGCAGCAGCCCCAAGUGGACCCACGACAUGUUCCAGGGCGGCGAGGAGGGCGAGCUGCCCGACGACGGCCUGGAGGCCGAGCACAAGGACAUGAAGGGCGACGCCGCCAAGCCCUGAGCGCGGGGGAAGGGGGGCGGGGAAGGGGGGCGGGGCCACGGCCGAAACUCCGCUCUCAUUGGUUCAGACAUGCUGGCUCCAGGAGGCUCUGUGUUUCUCUAGUUUUCUUAAGGUUCGUUUUCUCUGCUAGAAAAGAAGCAUUCGUGCCUUAGAAAGUCCCUGUUCAGAGGCACACACACACACACACACACACUCUGACACACACACUCACACACUGUCACUGCAUGAGUUUGAUUUGCUGCUUGGGACCAAUCAGACGUGGGCUCAGGAGGUCAGCGCUUAAGACCAGGAAGUGGCCUCGCUGGAUGUUCCCGUGUGUGUGUGUGUGUGUGUGUGUGUGUGUGUGUGUGUGUGUGUGUGUGUGUGUGUGUGUGUGUGUGUGUGUGUGUGUGUGUGUGUGUGUGUGUGUGUGUGUGUGUGUGUUCCCUCUUUGGUUUGUGGUUGUUUUUCAUUUUUUUAAGUGUAGACGGUUUAAAAAAACAGCACCAGGUUAGCUGACUGCAGUUUCCUGUCACAGAACGUCUGUUUAGAUUUUGAUUAAAAGAAGAAAAGAUGAAUUUAAAGAAGACCUGAAGCGACUGUUGGAGGAGGAAGAGGAGGAGGAAGAGGAGGGGGAAGAGGAGGAGUGUUUGUGUCACUGUACAUACUGCAUGUCUUUAAUCUCAGAUCUUUUUUACUGUCCUCCAGAGCUCUGAAGUAAUCGUCUUUUGAUUUUCAAUAAAUCUUUCUUUGAUUCAGGGAA